AAUGCUGAUUGGUUAAUUUCCGGUGCCUCUUAGAAUACUAACCAAUCACCGUUGAGAACGCUAAGAAAGUGGCGUUUUGCGUUUUCAUGUAAAGUAAUGUGAAAGGGGUCUCUGCUCUGACUGUCAGUUGUCAAAAGAAGUCAUUAUUCGUUAUUCUCAUUUCCCUCCAUUAUGUUUCCCUCGGUUUCCCUCUCGCCAGGCAGGUGAAUGUGGGUGAAAACAACAUUGAAGGACGGUAAGUUUUACUCUAUUUUACAAUCAAUUAAACUUGUAAGUACUUUUAAUACGUAAAAAUCUCCGUAUAAAAUGCUUUGUUAAAGAGGGAGAAGUAGAAAUUCAACAGCACAUUGGAAUGCAAAUGGCUGAAUCCACAGUUUGAUAUCAAACAACUGUACUGUAUUGUUUAAUUAAUUAGGGACAUCGUGGAAGGGUUUAUGUUAAUAUCUAUAAAAAAUCUUAUACUUAAGUACAUACAGGUUAUAAGUAAAUUAUUUUUCUCUUGAAAACCAUAUUUGACCGUUAAAACUUUUUUGUUGUUUAUUUUCUACAUACUUAGGUAUUCGAAAAUAGGUGGUUGGCAGAAUCAGAAAGACUUGGGCUUUAUCUUAAAAUAAGUACUUAAAAACCAUAACAAUAUAAGCUCUGUUGAAGCAAAAAUUUCUGGACUGGUUUCGAACUAUCAAAUUUGUUUGACAAGGUAAAUCUUGCUUUUAUGCUCGGUGAAGACAUAGUAGCAACUUAGACGGCCGAAUAAAUUUGAAGUUUGAAACAAUCUACAACUCGCUGCUUGAACAAACCUAAUAAGAUUUUGUCUUAUUUGUAGUUUAUAUGACAUAUAAAAAUAAAUUGUUGAUAAAGGCUACAAUUACAUAGAGACGACAUCGGUACCAGUGGAAAAAUGUCAUACUUGGGCGUGGAAUUCUCAGAAAACGGCUCUAUAGGCCUGAUUCACUCUUCUUGGCUCACCCCUUUGAAACGGGAGGUUUUUUGGCCACCUUAUAAAACAUCAAAUUUGUUUAAUAAGGCACUUGUAGUUCCGGAGGAACCAAAUCAAAACAGCUGGAACAUUUACCCUAUAAAACGCAUCUUUUUUGAGAGUGAUGAGUUUGAGAAAGCUAAGAAAAAAUUAAAAAGAUGUGAAGAGACAUCGGACAUUCAAUCGUCGGAAUCGGAUUUUGGAUUUGGAAAGAGAACGAAGAUAGUAACAAAAUUAAUAUCUGAAUCAAGUAGUGACGAAGAACCUAUAAGAAAUAAAUUGCCGAGACGACCUAAUGUUUCCAGGAAAUUAUUCAAAAAUCGAGCUACACCAACCAGUAGUAAAAGUACCUCUGAAGAAAACCGGAUAUAUUCAACAGAAAUUGUAAGAGAAAAUUCUGCUUUAACUCCAAUACGAGAAGAUUCGCCUCGUGUGCAACACGGUGACAUCAAUGUAUCUGCUAACAAUUUGGACAAGAUUUUUCAAGAAAUAAGAAAACUUAGAGAAGAGUUAAAAGAAAUUAAAGGGCUACUUAAAUUAUCACGGAACUCGUCGGUUGGUAUUUCUAAUUUGCCUGAUGACAUUCCUGUAGAAUUUCCAUUAAAAAUCAUUUCAAACUUACAGACAUUAGAGGAAUAUCUCAGUGCAGAGGAGAAGCUUAAUGGCGUGGCUUCCUAUUUGUCUUCAUUAGGUGGUAAUGGAACAACUGCACAAGUCAAUAGAAUACUUAGAUUUGUUAUGACAGAUGAAUUAGCUACUCAAUAUAAUUUUGCUGGACAAAGAAAUAACAAACAACCAUUUGGAAAUACGAAAUUAAAUUCCGUAAUCAUUCGUGCUAUACAGAUUAAAUCUCCUGCUAUAACUCAAGUUCAAAUUCAAAAUGCCGUAAAGAUUUGGUUGAAACAUGCAAAACAAAGGAUGGAGAAAAAGCUACGACCUACAGCUACUAAUAAUGAUUAGUAUCUUCUUUUACAUUAGGGUUAAGUAUUUAGUAUUUGUAACUUUUCAUUUUUUAAAAUGUCAAAACGCAAAUUAAAGGAAUUUGUGGGUCCGAGGCAAAGAUCUAGGCGAGCUUUACAAGCUACAAAAAAAUUCGCCAGAAGUGCUACUUCUGGUAGCAGUAGUGCCAAUAAUAAUAAUUUCAUUGACAGUGGUCAUGUUGAAGAUUUAAUAAUAAAUUCCAAUUUAAAAAAUCCAUGUUUGUGGAACGAUGAUCAUUUUAGCAGUAUUUCAAGUGAUGAGUCAUCUUCUAUAAAAUCUACAUCACCGCCAAUUUGUGACGAGAAUGAGUCAUCUGAAAAUAAAAAAGAUCUGUCUAAACAAUUGGCUGAAUGGGCCACUGUAAAACAUAAAAUCACACAUUCUGCUUUAACAGAUCUACUUCAUAUACUUUCCCCAUACCACCCUGAACUUCCUUUAGACAGCCGUACUUUACUGAUGACUCCCAAUUCUACUCGUAUAAGUGAUUUAGAAACCGGACAAUUCAUUUACUUUGGAAUUAAAAAUGCACUUUCUAAUCUUUUAAAUCAAGUCUCUGUUCAUGAAAUACAACUUAGCUUUAACGUUGAUGGUAUCCCCCUUUUCAAGAGUUCAAAAUUACAACUUUGGCCAAUUUUGGGGUUGAUUAAAAAUAUUUCUAACAGUAAACCUUUUACAAUUUCAAUUUUUUGUGGUAAAAGUAAGCCAAAACCGUUGAACAUAUAUUUAAAACCGUUUAUAGACGAAUUGAAUUCUCUACUACAAAAUGGUUUUUCCGAUGAAUCAAAAAAAUAUAUAGUAAAAGUGCACUCUUUCGUUUGUGACGCUCCAGCACGAGCUUUUUUAAAAUGUACUAAAUCCCACACAGGAUAUUCUUCUUGUGAUAAAUGUACAGUUCAUGGACAAUACUAUAAAAAUAAAGUUGUUUUAGAUAGUUUAGUAUGUCAAAAACGGACAGAUAAAUCUUUUCGAGACCAGCUUGAUGAAGAUCAUCACAUUUCUGAAACUCCUCUAAUUGAAUUACCAAUCGAUUUAAUUAAGAGUUUUCCAACUGAUUACAUGCAUAAUAUUUGCUUAGGCAUUACCAAAAAACUUCUUAAUACUUGGAUUGGAGGUCCUUUAAAAGUUAGACUGCCACAUCAAAAAAUUAAAAUAAUUUCUCAGCAUAUGCUCGAUUUAAAAAAAUAUAUUCCCCUAGAGUUUAAUAGAAAGCCUCGUUCUUUAGAAGAACUGCCUUAUUGGAAAGCAACUGAAUACAGAACUUUUUUAGUGUACCUAGGUCCCUUGGUUUUAAAAGACGUUUUAGACAUUGCGGUUUAUGAAAAUUUCCUUGCAUUUCACUUUUCUAUCUCGAUAUUAUUAUCAGAAAAACAUAUUAAAAAAUUUGGAAUUUUAGCUGUAAGAAACAUUAUAAAUGUUUUCAUUGAACAUUUAAAGACUUUAUACGGUUUAGAAUUUAUGAUAUAUAAUGUUCAUUUACUGUCACAUAUUUGCGAUGAUGUAGAUUUCUUUGGUGCGCUGGAUAAUUUUUCUGCUUUUCCAUUUGAAAAUUAUUUGGGCCAGAUAAAAUUGUUAGUAAAGUCACCAACAAACCCAUUACAACAAAUUCAUCGUCGUCUCGUUGAAAGAGGUUUAAUAAUUUCAAACAAUUAUCAAUUUAAUGGUGUCAAGUUGACUUUGGAACACUCCGCAGGGCCAUUAAUUAUUUGUAACCAGAAUGUUAAAUGGCAAAAACAGUUCAGUAAAAUUCAUUUGAAGGAUACAACCUUUUCAGUAGUAAGUCACUCUAAAGCCGACAGUUAUUGUUUAACCUCUGCGGGAAAUAAAAUUAUUGAAAUACAUAAUAUUUUAGUAACCACUGACAAUGAGAUUUUUCUUAUUGGCAAGGAAUUUCUUUCAAAUUCAAAUUUAUAUGUAUACCCAUAUCCAUCUAGUGAAUUGAACAUAUUUGUUGUUAAGGACCUGUCUGAACUUAAAGCAUGGCCAAUUACUGAAAUUUGUGGCAAAUGUAUUGUGUUGCCUUUUAAAAAGGAAUGCUGUGUAGCUAUGCCUAUUAUACAUUGUUUAACUUAAUGUUGUACAGGGCCAUUCAUGGUGACUGCCUAUUAGAUGUAUCUCCAGAACUAAUAGCAACUUCAAUUUGAAAUUUUGGUGAACGUCAUUUUUGAAUAUGAACUAAAAUAUUUUCUAGUUAUAAUGGAAGUAGCUGCCAGCGUUCUUAUUUUAAAUGUAUAUUUUUCAUUUUUAUAAAGAGAAUCAAGUCCUAAGUUAAAAACAUGUAGCAUGGUAGAAAUAUUAUAAAGCUUGUGCUAUAUUGUUCAAUUAAAGUAAAUUCAAUAACAUAGAGUUCAAUAGUGUUCAAUUUUUAGUGACAUAUUUUAGAAACUUCAAACUGCAAAAGACUUUUGUGUUUUAAAUUGAAAAUUCAAUUUUAAUGCAUGUACAUUUAAUGUAACCAUAACCAAUGUGUGCAUUAAAAUUGAAUUUUCCGGAAGUUUUUCCACUUUCUGUAAAACUGCGCUGAUGGCACAUACACAUACAUUGUAUAUUAAUGUUUCAUUCAAUAGAACAUUACAAAAG